UCCCCCAGAUUUCCAAUCGAUUCGACUUAGAAUCCCAUGGGUGAGCCUCAACGCCGCGGCGGCGGCGGCGGCGGCUCCGGCGAGGACCGCAUCAGCGGCCUCCCCGACGCGCUGCUGCACGAGAUCCUGGUCCGCCUCCGCUCCGCCGCCGCCGCCGCGCGCACCAGCGUGCUGUCUCGCCGCUGGCGCCGCGUCUGGGCGCACCUGCCCGAGCUCCACCUCGUCGCGCCGCCAGCGGCGGCGCCGGCCUCGUUCCCGGCCACCGUCGACGCCGCCCUCGGUGGGUACCUAGCCCCUACCCUCGAGCGCCUCGGCGUCUCCCACCGCACCGUUCAACAAGGCCGCGACCUCCGCAUCCCGGCCGGGCGCAUUGCGCCGUGGCUCCGCUUCGCGGCGGAGCGCGUGGUGGGCGAGCUCUAUCUCUAUCUCUGUGUGCCUCAGACGUUCUACGAUUUCACACCGGAAGUCCUCGGGGAGGAGGCGGUGCUCGAGCUUCCGGUGUGUCAGCGAGCGAAGCGAAUCGAGCUCCAUCUUCAAUAUGCCUAUACAACGUGGCUCCGCCCCCAGGCAUCCGGCGGCCUGUUCGCGGCGCUCACGUCCCUGAAGAUAGAUGGCUAUGUCCACAUGCAAGGCAGCGAUCUCACAGCCCUUGUGAGCACGCAGUGCCCGUGCUUGAGGGACCUGGAUCUUUUCAUUACGCUGAUUGCCAUCUUUGAUGUCUCCACUCACUCCAACUCGUUGCGCACACUGGAGCUCAAAGUCUUAGAGAUAAGGCAUCUAGAGAUUUUGGCCCCAAGUCUUGAAGAGCUCGUAAUAUCUAAUCGGCCAAUGGAGGCUCAGAUCUCCGCUCCGAAGCUUGUCAAGGUAGUUUGGGAUGAUGCCUAUGAUCCUCAUCUCAAUCGGUUUGUUGAUGUUGGCCGUAGGCUCCAGCUUCUGCGAACUUCUAGACAGGCGUUGUCCCUGGCUAUGCAGUUCGAUCAAGUCGAUGAGUUGAAUCUGAUCGUCGAUCUAGAUUUCUAUGAUGAAGCUGUGUAUGGAAGUUUCGUGAAUGAAACAAAUAAGCUGCCCAAGUUUAACCCAGCUGUAAAUGAAGGGUUGUUACUGCACAGGUAG